AUGCUGGGCAACCCGCCGAGGACGACCCUCGCCUGCCUUCUGCCGCUCCUCUUUCGGACGGAGGGAGGGAACGGGGAGAUGAGGUGUCGCCUGUUGUGCGAUGCCGAGGGUCUGCCCUGGGCGGCUAAGUCCUGGUCAAAAGGGCCCCCGAGGCCGCCCCUCCGCUCCUCUUCCUCCUCCUCCCGCUUGGCUCCACAUCCUGGGCGCGGAGGCGGCUCCCCCUCUUCUUCUUCUUCCUCCUCCUCCGUCUCCUCAUGGGUCUUGGGGCCCCGGGCGCCCCCCUUCGGAGCCCCGCCGCCCCGAGAAGCCCAAUGGCCUCAUGGGGGGGUCUGUGGAGAGGCCGAGAGGCGGAGCGAGCAGCCGGGAAGACUGUUGCUACUGGUGGUGCUGCUGCGGGUCGCUCAAGGGCUCAUCCGGGUGGAGGAGGAGAGGCGAAAUCUCACACUGCUAAGGGCGCCCGGGCUCCUCUGUUCUUCUUCCUCUUCUUCCUCUAGGGAUGACCUUGCAAAAGUCUCGGGAGAGAGGGAAGGCGCGCUUUCAACUCUCCUCCGCGGCUCCUUCUGCUUCUCCAGGCCGCUGCAAGGGCAAAGCCUUGGAGGCGCAGAGAGAAAGAGAGGUCCUCUGCAGCGCCCGGCUUCUCCUCCUUCUCGGUCUCCUCCUCCUCCACGUGGGUCUCGCUCCAGUCGGUUUCCUGCCCGGGCUGGGGAAGCGCAGCACGUCCGCUCAGGGUCUGGCGCACUUACGAAGCGCCUUGCUAGGAUCAAGAGGAUGGGAUGGGAAGCAGCCAGCCCUUCCUGCCCGGAGUCCUUCUCCGGCAGAGAGAGUGAGGAGCAGAGGCGAAGAAGUUUGCUCCUCCGCAGGGCAUCCCUCCUUCUCUCUUUCUCCCUCCCUCCUCGGAGGAAAAGGGAAGAAGGCAAGGGGACUCCGGCUGACUUUCCCAGAAAGGGAGGGAGAGGGGGCGUGGCCUCGUUGGGCAUAGCCCCGCCCCCUUGUUUACAUAUCGGGGUGACGCGUUGCAGGGCGCACGUGGCCAAUGCGCCAGCGGCGGAAUGCCCAGAGCAGUGUGGCCAAGGGACGAAGUUGGACUAACAACACUAUGUCGAUGUGCUCACUCCAGACCUCUCUGGAAAUUCACCACCAUCAUUCGGAUCAAUCCUUGGCUGUAUGAUUUUUUCCGUGACAGAAAUGACUUGAGAACUACUAAAUAGAAUAGAAUUUCAAUUUUACAUACAUACUGAUUUUUUUUUAAUUGUGUCAGAAGCGACUUGAGAAGCUACUGCCAGUUGCUUCUGGUGUGAGAGAACUGGCCAUCUUUGCCCAGGGGAUGUGUUACUAUCUGCUGGGAGGCUUCUCUCAUGUCCCUGCAAGCUAGAGCUGACAGACAGGAGCUCACCCCAUGUCGCAGAUUCGAAGUGGCAACCUUCAGGUCACCAACCCAACCUUCAGAUUAGCAGCCCAGCCAACACAAGGCUUUAACUCAUUGUGCCACCACAGCUCCCUUAUACUGAUGAAGCUUUUUCAAUAUUUUUGAAGCUUCUUUCUAUUUUUGUUUUCCUUGAAACAGAAAUGAGUGUGGGGUAGAGAUUUACUUUUCAAUUUCACAGAAUAGGCUUUAGUUAAGUAGACUCUCUCUCUGUCACCCAAAACAGGGCUUUCUUAUUAUCUGGCCUCCCAGUAUCUCACAGAACACCUAGCCUGUUGUGACUCAGCAACAGCAUAGCCUGCAGAGCCAGAGUGAGGAUGAAGAAGAGGAUUCUGGUUUCAGGUACAAAAGCCAGAUGAUGGGAUGCAGGAUGAAUUUCAGGAUGAUGGCAUGGGGAUGGGAAUUAUACAGGCUCAUUCAGAGGCUCGAGAAAUGCAGCUUGAGGAUGAACUCUUGAACCAGCCGGUCAUAGAUAACAGCCAGGAUGACAUUCCCAUGGGAAAUAAUGAGAUGUCUCAGGCCUCAGUUCAGGUGCGAGAUAAUGAGAUGGCCGGCCUUGAAAGCCUGGAAGGAGCGUCAUCAUUAUCUAAAGCAGAUUGCUUGCAAUGGAAAGGAAUGUUUCAGCCUCGUCGUAGUUUAAGAUUGGCUGGAAAACGAGAGGCCUCUGAAGGAAAAAGAAAUGCAUUUUUGGGUUGCUUUUAAAAUUGUGUGUUUUGAGAUAGAUCUUUGUCAAAGCAAAUUCUCGCUUCAUCUGAGUGGAUGUCCAUGCUUCCCUGCCUUAGAGAUUCUCCUGUUCCUGGAUCUUUGUAACCUUUGGGCCUUUGUUCUUUUGGAUUUACUGACUAUUGUUUUGCCUAUGGAUUAUUGGAUUCACUGACUCUUGUUUUUGCCUAUGGAUUAUUGGAUUUUACUGACUCUUUUACAACAACUUUGGGAACUUUAUAUCUGCCUGCUUUGAUUUAUAUAUUUGCUUUUGCUCAAUAAAAUUACAAAAUACUA